AUGAAUCGGUCAAAUGUUAGUUUUCUUGAUCUACCCAAUGAAAUAUUAUUUUACAUUUUAAAGAAACUUAACAAUAUCGAUGUUCUCUAUUCAUUAUUGGAUGUUGAUAAUCAACGACUUGAUAUGAUAGUAGAAGAUAAAACGUUUACUAACAAUCUCAAUUUUGUAUUAACAAUGUCAACUGAUGAUAUUUUUCCGAUUGGUGAUUCCAUACUUAAUCGAUUCUGUAUUUCAAUAUUGCCAAGAAUUGGUCUCAAUAUAAAGUCUCUUAUUCUUGAAUCAGGAUCUAUGGAACGUAUUCUUCUUGCUACCGAUUAUCCUAAUCUAUAUGAACUUAAACUCUUCAAUUUCAAUAACAAAAUCGCUUCACAUUAUUUUACAAUCAAAUCACCAGUUCAUCAUAUUUUUCAAAAACAAAUUACAAAUCUAAUUCUUGUAUGCAAAACAGAUAAUAAUAUUUUAUCGAUAGAACAAUACACAGAAAAUGUGCACAAAUAUAUAUUUAACUUCUGCGAAAAUCUAAAGCAUUUGUCUUUUACGGGAUCAUGUGUGCGUUUAUCAUUUCGUAAUUUACCUUUGACAAUCUGUUCUUCUUCAACUCUUUACAAAUUAUCUAUUAGUGUAAAUCGUUUUGAAGAUUGUCUUGCUUUACUUGAUGGUCGUCUCAAUCAACUGAAUUCGUUUUUUGUUGAAAUUUUUAAUGAUAACUAUCAAUCAUCAAUUGUUAACAAUAUGAAUGAUCUACCUAAUUUAAAAUGUUUUUCAUUAAAAUAUGUUUGUGUAACAGAACAAUAUGAUAGUAAAAUUUUACCUCUUCUUCGUCGUAUGUCAAAUCUUGAAGAAUUAACUUUGUAUAUUACGAUUCAAAAUCGAAUUAAAUUUAUCGAUGGUAUACAGAUUAAUAAUCAAAUACUUAUUCAUAUGCCACGACUUUAUAAAUUUAUAUUUUAUAUUAGUUCUGAUAUUCAACUACAUCAUUUAGUUCCUUAUUUAUCAAGUGAUGAUAUUCAACAAACUUUUACUAAUAUUGGAUAUCAGCAAGUGGCUUGUAUUCUAAGCUGUUACUGUAAUCGUGUAAGAUGUCAUGUUUUUUCAUUACCAUUUGUGUUUGAUAGUCUUAGAUAUAUUGGCAACGUAUUUCCAUCUAUUGUUUUUAGUCAUGUUACAAAUUUAGGGGUCUAUGAUGUAGUUCCAUUCAAACAUGAAUUUUUUCUUCGAAUAGCUCAGUUUUUUCCAUUGAUUAAAGAAUUAUAUGUUAUUAAUUCUAAAUCACAGUCACAAAUAUCAGACAAUAUCAACUCUAACGAUAAUCAAUUGCACUCAAUUGUUGAAUAUCCUUAUCUUAUUUCGCUUUGUCUUGGAAGAUCGCAUAUUGAUUAUUAUGAGCAGUUUCUUAAUGAUACAAAAACACAUCUACCUCGUCUAACUACAUUAACCGUCAAUUAUGAUAAAUUAACAAUUGUAACAAAAAACUUUACAAGAAAUGCAAUACGACUCAAUUGUGCUAACGUGAAAGAAUUAAUCAUUGAACGAACAUUAGUGCAUUCAAAAGAUUUUUAUGUUUACUUUCCUCUUGUAACUUCGUUUUCGUUCGACUAG